ACGCGACCUGUCAAAUGCGAGUCUUCUCGACUCCGCUAAACUCUCUUGUCAUGUUGGUUGUUUUCGUGUGUCGGACUUGGAGUUAUUUACUGUAACAUGGCGAAAGGCAUUCCUCGUGUUCGAAGUCUCCUUGAGAAAGUCCCCGGCCAGAAGCUGUUCGGCCCGUACAGGUUUUUGCCAUUUUUCUUCGUGCUCGGCGGAGCGAUGGAGUGGUUCAUGAUCAAUGUCCGAGCUGGAGAGGAGACCUUCUAUGAUGUGUUUAGAAGAAAGCAAGCUGAAAGGCGCUAUCAGGAGAGACUGGAGCAGGGCUUUGCUGUACAAACGGAAGAAGUGAGAAGAUAAAAAGGUGCAGGGAAUGUGGGGCAGCAGAGCGCCCCUCGCCAACCGGAAUGGACCCCCCAGGGGGGCAACUUGAAUGACUUCAUGUGAAUAUCUGCUGAGGGUGGAUUAUAAGGAGCCUUCAUAAGCAGGACUCCAUGUUGGUCAGUUAUUUUCAGUGGCUCGCCUCGUUAAAUCGCGGGCUGCUUACUCAACGUGAUGAGGCACUUGGAGUGGAGGCGUCUGUAAUAAAUUAUUCAUAGCAGAAUUAUUGUUUAUAUUUUGACACUUAAUAUGAAAAUUCUAUCACAUGAAAAAAUUGUUUUAGGCCACAUGUGAUUUAUUUUAGAAAACCGAUAUUACAUGUGCCGUUUAAAUACUGAAAAAUAAAGGGGUUUGGCUGAAAUCCUAAAAUU